UGCCUUCUUCAUCGAUGCCAGAACCAAGAGAUCUGUUGUGACAAGUUUUGGUGAACGUAUAAUCGAAAAGACGUCGGAGUCGAGCAAUUUGAGGCAAUGGCAUCGCUAGCAACGGAAACUUCAUUGUGUUUUGUGACUUGCGUGGCCCGAAUUGAUCCGGCGCUCUGGAUUCAGUCAUCCACCCUACACUGCCUAUGCUGCAUAGCGAAAGACGGCCAUAACUGUGGUUGUGGUGACGGCAGUAUGAAUUGCUGGCAAGGAUGUUGCUACUGCUGGGCAAGAAGAGUAAUCUCUUGUUGCUGCUGGUGAUGAAAGAGGGCAGCAUUGUAGGCGUCUGUUCGUGAUGAUUUUUUGUAUAGCUUAUUGACAGUAGGGGUAGGUAGCAGUAGACAAGUGGUGUUAGUAGACAGGCGGCAGUGGU